AUGGAUGGAAGUGCAUACCCUGCUGUGAAACAGGUGAGAAAGAUGAAGAUUCUUUUUUUCCUCCAUUUGUUCAUCUCGCUGAUCCUUGUGACUGGCUCUUUUAUAUGGAACCGAGGAAACAACUGCAACCAUUACCCUGAAUGGCAAAAGUCAGAGGUAUCUGAAGCUUAUAUGAACUUUGCUGUCCAGUUUUAUAAGUUUGUUUCAAUGCGAUCAGCAGGAGCCCCGCCAAACCUAUUUUUUUCACCACUCAGCAUCUAUACCACCCUCUCCAUGCUGGCUCUCGGGGCCCAAUCAACAACUCGCAUGGAAAUUCUGCAAGCCAUGGGCCUGAACGACACCAAAACCAACCAGGAGCUGCAUGAAUGCUUUAGACAGUUCCUUCAAAGGGUAACUCAGCAAAUCAAGGAGGUGGAAUUCAAGCUCGGUAAUGAGAUCUUCAUCGACAGAUCAGCAGAUAUUUUCCCGCAGUUCCAACAGAAUGUGUCUUACUAUUACAACGUCUCCGUUGAAACCAUCAACUUCAGUGACCCUCAGGGUGCUGAGAAAAUAAUCAAUACGCUUGUGAGCAACAGAACCCACAAUAAGAUACAGAAUAUGGUAAAAAAUUUAGAUCCCAAAAUACUGAUGGUUCUCCUAGAUUAUUCAGUCUUUCAAGCGAAAUGGCAAAAAGAAUUUAACCCACAAGGUACAGAAGAGGACAACUUCAGGGUGGAUGGGCAGGCUCCAGUCACAGUUCCAAUGAUGCACCAACAAGGAACAUAUAAAACGUACAAGGACAAAGAGAUGAGAUGUAAUGUGGUGGAAGUGCCUUAUACCAGUAACAUAACCCUUCUCCUCAUCGUACCAAAACCCGGUGAUCUCCAGAAGGUGGAACGGAAACUGAGCACCGAAAGGAUAAAAAAAUACUUCUGUUCAAUGAGAACCAGUACCGUGGACCUGUACAUACCCAAAGUGUCCUUCAACAUCCCGCUCAAAAUAAGAAAUGCCAUCUUAACAAUGGGCAUCGGAAGCAUGUUCAGUGGUGACAACGCCGACUUCUCCAGAAUGUCAAAUAAAUCAAGGCUGCGAGUUUCAGAUAUUUUCCACCAGUCUUAUACCAGCAUCACAGAAGGAGGAACAGAGGGAAGUGGUGUUACUGCUUCCAAUACAACCUCCCUGUACUCAAACCCUGAGUUAAAAGUUGACCGUCCAUUCCUCAUGCUGGUCUACCACAAGAUCACUGCAACCAUACUCUGGAUGGGUCGGGUCAAGGACCCCUUUGUGAAGGAACGACACAGGUCAGCCAUAUCAUUUUGUACCAUGAGGUGGACUUUUGUUUUCAUUCUCCUUUUUGGCCUUUGUCUGGCCCAUCAGCCCACUAAAGGAAAACCUAAGAAGGACCAGCACCGUCAGGAGAAAAUACCUCUCCUCCAGGAGUCCACUUCAAAUCUAAAUGCCACAGAAGAUAUUUCUGCCCUCAACAUAUCAAACAUGAACAGCAACUUUGGCUUCGACCUCUACAGAAGGACGGCUGACAAACACGACGACAACAUCUUCUUCUCUCCGUUUAGCGUUUCCUUCCUCCUCGGUGUUUUGACUCUGGGGACUCAGGGAAAAACUCAUGAUCAGAUGCUGAGUGGCCUGGGCUGGGGGCCUUUGAAGAAGCAGAAGAAUCCUAACCUAUUGCACAAGUUGCUGAAGGACCUGAAAAGCAGCAUCAUGAAGGGCGAAGGAUAUUCUCUAGACUUGGGAAGCCUCUCCCUUCUACACGAAAGCUUCAACAUCAACCAGGAGUUUCUCAACCAGUCAAUGCUGUACUUCAACAUGGAGUUCCUAAGUGUGGACUUCCAUGACCGCCACAUUUUAGAGACCAUCCGGGACCUCAUCAGGGCGAAGACGAAGGGCAGAAUCUCAGAGCUUCAGGAUGAAAUUGACCCUCAGACGAAGAUGAUGCUUCUAGACUUCAUAUUCUUCAAAGGUAAAUGGCAGACCCCUUUCAAACCCGAUGCAACCAACACAGACACGUUCUAUGUCAACAAGUAUACCUCAGUAAAAGUCCCGAUGAUGUACAAGACAGAGAAAGUUGCCUCCAUGUUCGACAAGUCCUUAUCAUGCACUGUGCUGAACCUCCCGUACAGAGGGGGCGCUCACAUGUUGGUCGUCGUUCCUGAGAAUGACGGCAACUUUGAUGCCUUAGAAGACGGAUUGUCAAGUGAACUGGUUGCUUCUUGGCUGAAUAAAAUGAAAACCAGGAAAACCGACAUUAUAUUCCCAAAAUUUAAACUUGACCACAAGUACAAACUGAAAAGCUCCCUGGAAGAACUGGGAAUUAAAGACAUUUUCACUGGGAAGGCCAAUCUAACAGGGAUGACUGAGGAGAGGAACCUGAUGCUUUCUGAGGUCACACAGAGAGCCGUGAUAGAUAUAGACGAGAUCGGGACCGAAGCCACCGCCAUCAGCGGCGCAGAAAUCACUGCGUAUUCCUUAGACCCCACCAUCCGAAUUAACCGCCCUUUCAUCUUCAUGAUCUUCGAUGAGAAGUUCAAAUCUUUACUCUUUAUCGGGAGGGUCACCGACCCGUCAAAACAUUAAAGACUCAGCAAAUCUGCAUCAGCAGCACCCAAUGUGUGAAGGAAUUAAAUGUCAGCUCGGCAAACAACUGUAUAUUCCAGGUUUGGGUGAUCAGUGGUCAGCGUAAUCCAUGUCAACAUUCUUAUAUCUCCCGGGGACUCCAGUCAUGAGUCCCAUUCGCAGUAGUUUGUGUCUCU